GAUUAGAUACCCCUUCGUGCGGCUUGGUCGGGGCAGGGCUCUGAUUGUUUGCCCCCGAAAGUCUCGGAGGAGAGCCAAGUCCCCUCGGCCAACCCUAUGGUUCAUGAUGCGGUCGUGCAAGGGCUUGGAGAACGUGUUCGUGACCUGGAACGAAUCGAAUGCCGAGUCCAAAAGAAAAAACGGCGAUUCGAUGUACCGAACCAGGUUUCGGGGGAAGAAACACGCCCCCGCCCCCAUUUUCGCCGUGCACCGUCUGGGCAACGCGUUGUCCGGACGGUGCAAGCUCACGACAUCGCGGAAGACGUCAUCAAAGAAGGCCACACGCUGGGGGUCUCGGACGCGGAGGAAGAGCGAGCUGUCGGCGAGACACUUCACUCUCACAUUCUCCGGGAAAAGGCGCCGGAAGCGGUCGCAGUGCACCAUGACGCCGAGACCGCAGGACGAACCCCCGGCAAGGAGGACGUUACGGGCACUUCCGAGCCUUUUCGUCAUCAGCUCCUCGACGACAACCCGGAAAAUCCUCGCCCCCCGGUAGUACAGGCCCGUGGCGGGGUCAGGCUUCUCGACAUUGCCCGAGAACGACCCCCCGUCACAGGAUCUCACCACCACACGAUUCCAAUCGUGAAAAUAAGAAUCGUUGGGGUGGGGAGACAGAAAAUGAUGCUUCGAGAAAUUGUAGGGCUUCAUGAGGCGCGAAGAACCGACAUCGGUUUUCGACCGGUUGGCACAGCUCUAAACAGAACCAUCGGGAGUUUGAUGCAUGGUGGAGUUCACACACCAGCCGGCGCCUUGGAUGAAAACGACCCAGUUCGUCGCCCCUUCUCAUCCUUUUCCGGCGUCCCAUUCGUAAGCCGGCGGGCUACCAUCAAGGCAAACGACGCCUUGGGAUACAGCGCCGGGAAGGAUGCUGAGAACAUAGGAGACAUUGAUUGUGUGUUGGAGGAGCAACAACAACACAACAGAGAGAAUUAUUUUAAGGAGAGGGAGAGGUGUGGUGUUUUCUGUUGCCAUACUGUGCUAGCUAGCAGCGUGAUUAUGGAGGAGAGCUAGCAAAGGCUAGUAGCUAGGUGAAUUAAAUUGAAUUGUGGGGG